GCCACAGCCACCAAGGUGAGAGGUGUUCAGCGUCUCUCUCUCUGUCUCUUUCUCCUUUCUCUCGCUCGGUGUCGUCGUCUACGUCGUUCUCGGAAACACAAACGCAAGCAAUCACAGACUGAAGGAGGUCCGCCCGGUGUCGCCGAUUCUUGAAAUGACUGCGAACGAAGCCGAGUAGCUGCGGUCGACUUUAGAGAUAUUUGUUUUGUGCGCUGCCCAGAAAGAAGUCGAUUUGUUCAGGCGAGAGGGAGGGAGCCUUGCUAAGCAAAUAUAUACGAAACGAAAGUUAAACCAGAAAAUAUUGACGAAACAUCAAAACGAAAACAACUGGGCUACCUCAUUGAAAUCCCGUUUAAGCAUUUUGGGCAUGAUCUGAAUUCAAUCUUAUUAAGAAAACGUGAUAAAAUAUCAACUCGUUUUUGAAACCGUUGUUUGCUGAAAAGUGGAGAGAAAAGAAAAUUAACGACCACACUAACUUUAAAGCCGUGGAUACCGCAGGAGGGGGGACAAACAAACAAACAAGCGACGCGGCAAGGAACGGAAAGAUAACAGAUAAAUAAGAGAUAAAAACAAAGCAAGAGGUGGAAGAGAAGAAGAGACAGACAGGACAGAGAGAGAUAGCACAGUCGUAGCAGCAUUUACUUUGCCAGGAAAGAAACCCUCAUCUCCCUCGCGAUGUUGGAUUAGGUUGUGGAAUAGGAUGCAAUUUUCUCUCUCCCUCUAAACUGCAUAUGGAAUGGGUGUCAAUGCAGCGGCCAGCAUUUUCUUCUAUUAUGUGGGUGUGGUGGCUGUGGCUAACCCUAUGGACGAGCAUGGGUGUGCAAGCUUCGUACGGGGCGUGCACCGUGACGGACUUCCCGUGCAGGAACCGCCAGUGCGUCAGUCUGGACCGGUACUGCGACGGUCAGCAGGACUGCUCCGACAACAGUGACGAACCACCCGGAUGCACGCCGUGUAAUCGCACCUACUACGGGAGGAUGGGGUCCACCUACACCAUCCAGGUACCCCAGCCCCCACCGGAGUCCCUCCCCCACCUGUGUCAGCUGACGUUCAUUGCCUCUGAGAACCUGUACGGAGAGCUCGUGCAACUCAGCAUUGAAGAGUUCCACUUGGGAAGGUUUACAUCUCAUACAAUCGACGGAUGCCCGGAUGGACACAUGCAGAUCGAGGAGCUGAGCAGACCGCUUAAUCCGGGGUAUUGGUGUGGCACGUCUUGGGGCACGAACUUCUACUACUCCGAGACCCCGGCGAUAACCGUCGUGCUCCGCGUCUUCAACCUCAGUUCCGCCAGCCCUGACAUGGUCAAUCCAGGCGCCUUCCAGCCCAAGGACAAGACCAUGCUCAAGCUGUCUUACAGGUUCCUCCACAAGGAGCAGUCGGUUCUGAGGUACGGGCCACUGUACCUCCCCAGCUACCGAGGAGAGGAUCUUCCGAACUCGUUUUGUGAUAAGUACUUCGAAAACUGCGACAAGAAGAACUGCAAGAUUCAGUCACCCAAUUUUCCAGGGAUGUACCCGAGGAACCUCACUUGCUUCUACCGCGUCCAGCAGACGCGUAUACCUGACGGGAAGGUUGCACUGGUUAGCGUGCUUCAGAAAAACCCGCACCUCAUCUACAUCAAAGAUAAAAAUGCCCCACACCUGUCUAAAGAAAAACAGCUGGCAGUGGGGACUGCCUGUCACACGCUCCAUGACUAUCUGGUGGUCUUUGACGGCAACACGACCAGAGCACCAGUUCUAGCUAAAUUCUGUAAAGGUGGAGCAAUGUUAUCAUCCAUUACAGCAAGUGGACCUGACCUCCUCCUGCUAUUCCACACGUCGCCCUAUGAUUUCCCAUUCCAGGACUCGCCAAGGCGGCGUACAUUUGGGUUCGAACUGGAUGUAGCAGUGGAGUUUGUCGAUGUUGAAUCAACAGCUUACGUCAGAAAAGAUAAUGAAUGUCACUAUGAGGUCAGCAGUCAGAGCCAACGAAGUGGUUAUGUGCAGGCUCCAGCCCACUCACUGCUGGCAAAUACCACUUGCAAGUGGACACUGAAAGCUAACAGGAGAGAAAUCGUGUGGCUCUAUUUCCUUCACUACCGUCAUGUCCUGCAUCUGGAAAUGCCCAGACCUGCACAGUGCCCAAAUACCCUCUCCAUAUUCAAUGGCGACAUUCCAAAUGAAGAACUGAAUGAGACGACAAAUCUUCUUGGAAGAUUCUGCAAACAUGACAAACUACCCCGCGUUUGUAGUGGCGUUCAUGCACCGGGACCUCAUUCAUCUUCUUGCUCACCGUACGACAGCUACAUCUCAACUGGUCCGGCAAUGACUUUAUCUCUUCGUUAUGCUGCAGGGACAGCUCCAGCUCACGUUGAAUUCUUAGCUAGGUACGAAUUUGUAGACACCAGACAGUGGGGUACACUCACACCGGGAGGAGGACCGUGCGAUAGAUCGUUCACAGUCCGUCCCGACAGGUUAUUUGCAUCUCCUAGGGAUGUAUUCAUGUUCGGCAGAGGUGGCGCCAGAAGACUGCGGUGCGUCUACACAUUCGAAGUCGCAAGUUACCAGCGGAUAACACUGAAGAUACUCAGAUCGAAAAUGGGACCCGACUGUAUGACAAUUCACCGGCAAUCUUCUGGGCGCCACGAGUGUUCCCAUGGUGGUGAACCUGGAAACCCCUCUAUCCAGAUAAGGGAAGAGCCCUGGAUAAACGUCCCUCUGCAGCGUGCUUGCCUUUGUAAUAUAUCCCGCCAUCAUCCUUUCACUAUCACCUCAUAUACAAAUAAACUAGAACUGAUAUUUUCAAUACCGAAGAUGUCUCCUUCAAGUGACUACAACGACUACUUUUUCGAGGGUGAAUACUAUAUCUCAGAGGCCCCUCAGGAAAUCAUAGAGAGAUGUAAUGAAACCACAAGGCACCUGAAUGGGCGUUAUGGUAAUUUCACGGUAGGCUACGGAAGAGGGGACCUCUGUGCAACACAGCCGAGGCUCAUUGCUGCCACAGAUACCUAUUUCCUAUUCCUGAGAGUUCGAGGGUUCAGCGCUUUGGAAAAGAACUGUGAAAUCGCUUCUCGCAUCAAUGUUUACGCUGCAGGAGGCGAUUCUCCCCUCGCCUCCAUUUGCCCAGAACGAAGGGAUGUUUUCACGCAUAUCUUCAGUAGCGGAUGGGAGGAUUAUGAAUUUCAGUUUCAUUACGACGAUGAUUUAUACUCUUGGGAUAACAAGAGCAACAUCACUAGUACCACUCUCGGACCAAUCUUAGAAUAUGAAGAUGAAAUGGAAGAUCCGAAGAAAAUGGAAUCGCGCGAUCUCUUUGUGGAAUACACUGGCAACUACUCAGGUCGUUUUAUGGUUUCAUGGGUCAGUGUCUGGCGACCUCUGAAAAUGGCCUCUCAGUUAUCAUCAUUUGAAGACCCUUGCAAGACUCCUUGUCCUGACAUACAAGGCUGCCUUCCUCAGGAACUCUGGUGUGAUGGGACUUACCACUGUCCUUCAGGGUUAGACGAAGGAACAGCAGCCUGUGGCCUCUGGGCUGCAUUACCCUGGGUAUACUUGGUUGCAGGAAGUGCUCUGGCACUGUCGUUAGUGUCACUUUUCAUUGCUGUUGUCAUCCAUCACCCAGUUGAGACUGCAAAAGAAAAGAAGGUUGUAGCUGCUGCAACUGCAGCAGUGAAUAAUGGCCAUGGUAUCAAAAGUACCACUCAGGACCUUCUCAUACCAGCUGAGAAAGACAAUUGGUGACAACGCGCCCAUUCUGAGGACAUUAUCUGCAUUGACUAUGAGACUACUGUUAAAACCAAAAUAAAACUGCUGUUGUUGUCAUGCUGAGGUACACUGGCAUAAACUAAACCAUUUAUGUCAGGUAAGAAGGGUAACCUAACACAAGUUUCUUCUGAAAACAUAUCCACACAGCCAUAUGCAUUUCAGACCAGCAUCAUCUUCGGCGUACAUAUCUGUACCCCAAAGAUACUUCUACAGAUCUGAACUUGUGCUUUACGAGUUACUGCAAGCAUGACAACAGAGUUGCAGGCACACUGCCACGGUCUCAAGUCAAUUCAGACUUUGUCUUCAGAAUGGGAUGAUUAUUGACCUUAUUUCAACAUGUGACUGUAAAUACGUGAAGGUGUUUUAAUGUCAAAUGUAUAGUCUGUUAUUUGUGAAUAUGUACAAAGUUGUUAGAAUAUGCGAUCGAGACUAGAUUUCGUUGGUCAACCGCUUUCCGUGUGUGAACGAGGAGAGGUAGGAGAAGAAGAAGAAGAAGAAGAGGAGGAGGAGGGGGAGAAGGAGGAGGAGGAGGAGGAGGGGAGAAGUCCUUCGACUAAUUCCCACAAGCUUCGACAAAUCACGAGUCAAAACAAAUGAAAAAUCAUACGUGGAACUGGUGCCAUGUACUCUGUCCAUCCUCUGUCGGUCCUUUCGUAGUUAAAUUUUGGAGAUUAGAAUAAUACAAUUACUUCGUAGCUGAGCUAAGUGAAGUUAGCCUAAUCCUGUUGCAGGCCGUUCAAGGGAUGUACCCAAGAUAUACCAAAGAUAUAACAAGCACAUUGCACUGAGGACAACGAUUCGACCCCAGCUUCAAGUAAAGACUAAUUGACAAUAUACCCCGAUUCAAACAGGUUUAGUUCAAACAGGAUUAGUAAACAUUCAAGCAUUUAAAUUAGCCUGACCUGACAGAGGAUAGGGAGAGAGUACGUCACUCCUAUUUAAAAAAAAAUGUCAGUGGCUUCCAACUUAACGUGUUUUGGUCCCACCAGCCCCCCUUUUUCCCCCAAAUCACCCUAGGCUUAAGUCACGUAAAUAAAAAAAAAAUAAACUAAUCAAUUGUCAAUUUGUCAUUUUCUCUCUCUGGCUGGUGGCACUCAAAGCAAAAUAAAAUGGAGAAUAUAUACUAUAUAGGUCUUUGCCACCUCAAAAAAAAAAGUUUUAUUACAAAAAAAAUUAUAUAUAUAAAAAAUAUUUGUCUGUGUUAUAAACUUCGGCAUAAUGUUGUAACUGUUUUAAAAAGAUACCCACUGGGGCUGGGAGGCAGUUUGGAGUAAGUGUUGUUAUGAUAAUAAUAAUAAUAUUAAAAGUUUUCAUUAAAAAUGAUUCCCGGACGAAUCUCACCCUGAACUUUUGAAUAAACGGAGAAUAUUUCUGGUUUUUCCCCUUUCAGAGAGUCUUUGAGUUUAUCCGAUGCUGUUGUUAUAUACCAGUGGAAGUCUAUAUCAGUUAAUUUUUAAUAGAUAUAAAUAUAAAAAAAUGCAUCUAAUUUGCGACUGUGGGUGACGUUGAAUGACCCAAGAAUCUUUGUAUAUUUUAUAUUUGCUAAUAAAAUGCGACAAAAGCAG